AUGGGCAAGGUUCAACCACAUGUGGUUUAUGUGGUUAUGUGGUGUGGUUCAACCCUCUACCAGUUGUCACAGAUUCAGCUAGCUUCCACUGAUCUCACUGCCCUCAGAGGAUCAGAGCUUUUGAAGACUGAGUUGUCACGUCGGGACGCGAGCAUCCAAAGACUCCGGCAAGACCUGCUCCUCUCUCAUCAGGCCCGUGACGCCCAGAGCGUUCAGCUGGACGUCCAAGAGCAGAGACUGUGGGAUCUGCAGAGAGAGCUGCAAGAAAGCCAGCAGGAGCUCCAGAGGGGACACGACCGCAACCAGCAGCUUCUCAGGCAGCUGCAAGAUGCCAGGAAGCAAGAUCAGGAGCUACAGGCUCAGGCUGAGCAGAUCCAGUGGCUGGAGGAGGAAGUGUCCAGGCUGAAAUCUCAGCAUAGUUCAGUCAGUCAGCAGGAUUGGUGUUGGCUCCGGAGGUCACGGGAGGAGCUGAAAGCAAGAGAGGAGGAGUGGAAGAAAGAGAGAUCCUUCUUUCAAGAGCAGCUCAAUGGCGUCAGAGAGGAACUCCACCGCGCCAACCUCAGGGAAGAAGAGCAUCGGCUGAAAGUGCUGCAGAUUGAUGCACUCCAAAGAGAGGUUGACAAGACACUGGCACUGCUUGAAAAGGAGAGAGAGGAUUGUGUAAAGGCCAAGGAGCUGGAACAACUGGGAGAAGAGCAACUCAAGGACAAGCUGGUAGAAGAGCAGUCCACAGUCUCCAGGCUGCAGCACGAGCUUCAGGACGCAGAGCGUCAGAGGAAUCUCCUGGGCACCAGAGUAGCUGCGCUGAACUGUGACAUCCAGCAGAAAGACUGCAGGUGGCUCGCAGAGCAGGACGAGGUGUCCAGUAGAGAUGACCUGAAGACCGCUCGGGAGAAUCUGAUCGCUUCACAAGAGGAGCUGGCAGAGCAGAUGCAGCAUGUCUUGUCUAGGGAAGAGGAGGUCGUGUCCCUGCAGAAGGAGGUCAGCAGACUUCAGGAGAUCCUGAAACAGAGAGAGGAGGUGAUAGAGAAGAACAAACACAACACGGCACAGCUCCAGCGAGAGACAGACUCCCUUUACAAACAGUGUAAAGUUCAAAAGGAUGAGCUGUGUGAUCUGCGAGAGGAGGUGCAGGAACAGAAGGAGAGCCGGGUGAAGGAGGUGCAGGCCCUUAAGGAAGAGCUGCAGAGCACACAAAGUCAUCUGCAGCAGCACAGAGAUAACCUGGAGAGUCUGUGCCGAGAGCUGGAGAUGGCCCACAGACAGCAGAGAGACACGGAGGACGAGGUCUCCGGCAGGGUGGCAGCUCUCCGCAGUCAGGAUGCAGAGUUGAUUCAACUAAAGGUAGGUCUACUGGAAGCUGAGAAACUGGCCACAGACGCAGAGGCACGACUGCAACCUCUUAGCGAAUCCCUCGAGUUCUGCAAACACAAGUACCAGGCCUGCCUCAGCAAGAUCGCACAACUAGAGAACACACUGCAUGGCCGCGAGGAGGACCUGAAAGAGGCCCACAGUCAGGUUGCGGUGGAGGGACAGGCCUUGUCUACAGCCCAGCGGUCAUCUCUGUCGGAUACAGUGCAUACUAGGUGUGAGGACCUUCCUGCUCUACCUUCCCGUGCCUUUUUCUCCUCAAGCACCUCCGGCUUCUCCUCUCAGAUACCUAACCUCAGAGUCAGAACAGACACGUCCUUCAGCCGUUCACCCAUGUCUCCUUCCCGUAUGUGUAAGCUCCCCUUAAGUGUUCCCGCUCACUCAAAACCUGCUGGGCUGUCGGCAUUGCAGCACAUAACCUUCACCAGAGCUGAAGAGCGGGAAGAGAUGGUAGUGAAGACACAGGCUGAUUUUUCCAUCUACCGGGCCACUCACGUUCACUCCGACUCAGACUACGGAUCUCUGCUGUCCCGCGUUCAGGAACUAGAGCACGCACUGUUCCAGUCGCUGGAGCGCUGCGGUCAGAGCGCCCAGGAAUUGCGGGUCUGCCAGCUGGAGUUGGCACGGCACCGAGAUGCCAGUUCGGCAGAGGUGCAGCGUCUGCAGGAGCAGGUGAGAAAGCUCCAGGCGGAUGCAGCUGAUGAGGGCCGGAGACAAGCACAAGUUGAUUCUCUGGAACAGAAGGUAGCUAGUCUGGAAGGAGAACUACUGGCAGCUCAAAGGCAGUGUGACCAGGCUAUCCAAAAGAGAGACGCCCUACUUAGACAAUCCGAGGCUGAUCUUCUGCAGGCGCGGGAGAAGAUCCGAAGCAAGGCGGCGGAGGCAGAGAGGCAGGCCGUCUCUGCUCGAGGGCUAGAAGCUGAUCUGCAAAGAGCCAAGAAAGAGAAAAGGCAAAGGGAGAAUCAGUGUGCCUCACUCAAAACACAGAUGCUUCAGCUCAGAGAACAACUGAAGGAGGAUCACGCCACCUGCAGGGACACAGCUCAGGAGCUGACGCAGCAGCAGGAGAAAGUGCAGCUGUUGGAGAGGGGUCAGCGUCUGACUCAGGAGCAGCUCUCAGAGCGUGUGACGGAGAUGGUGCAGGCAGAGAAAGCCCAGAGGAGACUCCAGGCCGAGCUCAAGAGAAUAACAGACAGUCUGGAAAGCACCCAACAUGAGCUGCAGGACUCACGGAGGCUGCUGGAGCGUGUGAAGACAGAGGCCAGCAGCAGCAGACAGGAAGCCGUGAGACUCCAGCAGGUGAAUCAGCAGAUCCAGGAAGAACUGGAUGUCAACAGAGAGACCCUCUCAGCCCUGCAGACCAAGAUGUGUGAACAGGAGAAGCUUCUAAACACACAUCAGGAGCAUGUUUCUGAGCUGCAGCUCACCAUCCGCAGACUGCAGGAAGAAGAGGUGAACAGCCAGACUCAGCUGCAGCUGUGCAGGAGAGAACUGGAGACCAGAGAUGAGCAAGUGCAGAAACACUACCAAGAGAUGAGCACUCUGCAGGCAACAGUGUCCAGGCUGAAGCUGGUGCUGGAGCAGGAGCGGGAGAGGUGGCGGCAGGGGGUACAAGAGGCAGCCAAGGCCGAUCAGAGAGGGAGAGAGCUGAGACUGGAGCUCAGCACAGCACAGGCCUCUCAUAAAGAGUACAUGGAGCUGCUGGCUGAGUACAGUCGAGAGGGGACGGCCCAGAGGAGUGAGCAGGCCCGUCUGCAGCAGUGCCUGAUCCAGCUGACAGAGGAGAGGGAGACUCAGGAGGAGAGAGUCAGACAGAUGAGCGCAGAUCUACAGAGAGCGCACAGUGAGAGCAGGUGCUCUCAGGAGGAGCUCGGGCUUUUAAAAAUAAUUGCUGUUGGUGCUGCAGCCAUAUCAGAGGAAGGCCAGUAA